AUGCCUUCUUCACUUCUCUUGUCCCAGAAAAUCAUUGGGGCCUUCUUCCUCUCUAUUGUUAUCUUUCCCCACAUCGUCAAGGCCAAUACCAUCAAUAAUCUCACUCCUCCCUCUUCUACGUCUCUUUCUCCAACCUUUAUCCAUGACACAUACAACAACCAAAGACGACAUCUUCUCGGUAGCUUGAUCUCUCUUCUUCCCAGUGAUGGUAGUCAACAGCAACUACCAGAGCCACUCACGGCACCUCAAUCUUCCUCCGGGUCUGAGCUACCGGCUUCGUCACUUGCUGCUGCCUCACCAUCUCCAUCUCCUACAACUUCCAGUUUAAUCGAUGGGAUUCUAGUUCCACCGUUCUUUGGUCAUGAUAAUAGUCCUGAUAGUGAAGAUGACCCGAGCACCAGUUCUACUAUUCCCAUCUCUACCUCCGCUGUUGCGGAUACUCCUUCCACUACCGCCAUAGAGAAACCUUCAUCCUCCUUGUCUCCUGGCAAACACAUUCCUGUGGAUGCUGAGUCUUCUGGAACACUUAACUAUGAUCACAGUAAUAUCGAAUCAUCACCUCCAGAUGAGGGCCCCGCGACGACUGGGAAUACUACGGUUUCUAAUGUGGAUGCUUCUGCAGACGAUCAAUCACAGCAAAUAAAAGUAGCUUUGUCUUCAGGAUUGAUUGUAUUCGUGAUCAUUGUCGCGAUUGGAGUCAUUUUAGCCGUAGCCUUUAGCUGCUACAGGAUCCAGCAAUCCCGUUGUCUCCGCCAUCAAAGCUGGGGAGAAGAUUUCCUCAAGGAUCAUGCUGGCAGCGUUGGUUACUCAGAAAGCGCCGGAUAUGGCAUGUACAUCAGCAGCAAUGGCAAUAAGGGAAAGUCCAAUUUCUGGAGAAAGACCCUGGGGAUGCUUCGUCGCAGUUAA